AGCAUGCUGGAGGAGUACGAUGCGAUAACACAGGCACAACAGAGCACAAUUGAUGCCCAGCAGACCACGAUUGAUGCACAGCUGAGAAGGGUGCGUGCGCUUCGAGGCAAGGUGUGCAAGGCCAGCGCGAGCACACUGGGCGAACAGCUGGGAACCUCCAAGGACAAGUGGCACGGUGCUGUGCUGGCCAACAACGGCCUCAUCUACGCCGCGCCGCACAGCGCAAGUUCUGUGCUCAUCAUCGACCCCAGCACCAACGCUGUGGACACCACGACCAUCUCUGGAUUCGGUGGUGAGCGGUACAAGUGGGCUGGCGCCGUGUUGGCGCACACGGGGCACGUGUACAUGUUUCCGUCGACCAACACCUCAGUGCUCAUCAUUGAUCCGGACACCAACACGGCAGACACCACAAGCAUCCACUCGCUCAGCUCCGGCAGCGAUGAGAAGUGGGCGAGUGGCGUUGUGGCAGACAACGGGCUCAUCUUUGGCGUGCCGUUUUCUGCCGCCUCCGUGCUGAUCAUCGACCCCGUGACCAACACCGCAGACACCACCACCAUGUCUGCCCUUCCUGCGGACACUUACAAGUGGUAUGGCGGUGCUCAGGCAGGGAAUGGCCUCAUCUACUGCAUUCCAACGUUUGCGGCCUCGAUCCUCGUCAUCGACCCGCAAACCCUCACGGCCGACGCCACAACGCUGGGCGGCUUUGAUGCAUCUGUGAAGUGGGCGGGCGCCGUGCUUGCCGGCAACGGGCUCGUCUACGGCAUGCCAGCGCAUGCCCCGACGUUGCUGGUGCUUGAUCCAGCCACGAAUGCCACCAGCACGCUCACCGUCGCUGAGGCGACAAACGAGGGCAAGUGGGUUGGCGGCAUCCUCGCGCCAAACGGCAACAUCAUCGGCGUCCCAAGCACCUCGUCCGCCGCCCUCAUCUUCGACCCCGCCACCAACACCACGGACACCACCUCCCUCGAUGGUUUGCCUGGCAACUACAGCUGGUAUGACGGCGUGCUCGCCCCCAACGGCCGCAUCUACGGCAUCCCCCGCAACGCGGACACCGUGCUCGUCAUCGACCCAGGGUGUUGACAUUGUUGGAUGGGGGGAAGCGGGGGAGCGAAGGGGGUUUGGGGAAGCGAAUGGGGAGUGAAAGAGAGAGAGAGAGAGAGAGAGGCGCGGCGGGGGUAGAGUUAGUUUGAUAAGUGAGUUAUGUUACAUGUUACAUGACAAAAGUUCGGCGAUUACAG